GGACCCGCGCGGAGAUUCAAACCGGCGGGGUGGGCGCAGAGCGGCCGGCGGGGCGUGCGGGGGGCGCGGGGGGCUGUCGGGAUCUGGUGGGCUGAACAAUCUCUUGGCCAGGCAGAUGGCUUCCAAGUGGCCGGGCGUGGGGACCUCAGUGCGCCGGACACCGCUCCAGGACCAGGAACAGCUGGAGGAGGAGGACGGGCCGCGGCCUGUGGCUGGCCAUCCGGAGACCUCUGGCGGGACCCUGGGCUCCCUGUGCAGACACUUGCAGAGGAGGCUGCCGCUGAGAGCCGUCAGCCUCAACCUCGGGCCAGGGCCCUCCUGGAAACGCCUGGAAAGCCCCAGGCCAGGGCAGCAGGGCCUCCAGGCUGCGGCUCGCUCUGCUAAGAGCGCCCUGGGUGCCGUGUCCCAGAGAAUCCAGGAGUCCUGCCACAGUGGCACCAAGUGGCUGGUGGAGACCCAGGUGACAGCCAGGAGGAGGAGGAGAGGGGCACAGAAGGGCCCCCGGCUGUCCGGAGCUGCCCCUGCCUACGCAGCCCUGGACCCAUGGGAGAGGGACGGUCCCCGGCUCUCUGCCCGUGGGGGCCCACGCACCUACUCCCUGCGGAGGUCCAGGAGGGAGGCUGCCCUCCGCAGCCCCUACUCCUCCACAGAGCCCCUCUGCUCCCCCAGCGAGUCUGACAGUGACCUAGAGCCUGUGGGAGCAGGACUUCAGCAUCUCCAGCAGCUGUCCCAAGAGCUAGAUGAGGCCAUUGUGGCAGAAGAGAGCGGCGACAUGACGGACAUGACCGUUUCUCUCAUCCGUGACUGAGGACGUGCCUGCAGACAAUGCCUUCCUCCCAGACAUCUUCCCUGGGUUCUCCUCCUCCUCCCCUUCUCCUCCUCACGCACAAACAAGUGCUCGAACAGAGCCUUUUCUGGAAAAACCCACAGAACUGAUGGGCUCAGCAGAGCCGGGAGUGUGCGAGGCUUCCCGCCUGCCUGGAGCCAGAGCCGCUGACCUCACAGACCACAUCAGUAGCCGAGCAUACCGGCCACCUUCCAGCUCCUGGUUCUGGGGGGAUGACCAUGGCGCCCAUACUUCCCCGCUCUGAGCACAGAGGGGGCAUGAAGGGAACUAUGUAUUGUGGGAAGCGAGCCACAUCUGACCACCGUGCCCUCACGCCGGGAUCCAUGUGUCCCCCCGAGCUCCAGAGGAUGGCCUGGGGCCACUGCUAACAAGGACCCCGGUGGAGGCUGCUGGAGGGGCCGCUGCUCCUGCCCUGGCCACAUCUGAUUCUGUCCUUGACCGCCCACCCCAGCCUGAGAGUCACGUGGGGAGAGGCUGGGGUGGUUCACUCACCUCCCCUUUUGGGCUUGGAAACUCACCCCACACUUCAUGGCUGUGUCUACAAUGGGAAGCCCGGGUAGCAGAGGUCCCGGGGGGCCCUGAGCUGUGCACCCAGAAGGCAGACCUUUGAGGAAUCAGCCCCUGGACUGCCCAGUUCCAGGGACCCUGGCUCCCGUCCCCGUGCCAUCCCCUCCCCCGAGCCCCGAGCCCCUGGGCCCGCAGAUCCCUAUUUAUCCUCAGCACAGGGUACCAUGAGUGGCAGGGAGGGGAGCACUGGUCAGUGGCCAUUUCUGCUGUCGGCAAAUUAUUUAAGGAAUCUGCUUUGUCAUUUUACUCAAAAAAAAACCCUAUCAGUUGACUUCUCUGGAGACAAUGAUGCUUUUUCAUAAUAAAGAC